AUGUUGCCAGUACCUUCUGCUUGCAACGAACUAUUAUCAGAAAAGGGAAUAAGGAAACCGGAACCGCAAAAUAUAAUUACCUCUACUUCAUCCACCAUUGUUCAUAUCUUCUGGCGCCGAACACCGCGACCCACCGAGACCUCCUCUGACGCCACGCUUCCGUUCUCGGAACCAAUCGUCCAGCCCUCACUGCUGCAUCUGCCUCGGCCAAAUUCAUUCACCGAUACAAAGCCCUCCUUUGCGCAGAAGCAUCGACGGUUAUCCGGGAUCGCAGACGUCAAACCAUCACCAGACCCAAUCUCCUCAAUCCCAUAA